AUGCAAAUCGACCAAGCUCAAGCAAAUGAUGAGGUGUCGAGUGAAGAAGAAUUGGAGCUGAAGUGGCGUCUUUGUGCAGCGUACAGAGAAGAUGAGAUUUAUUGGAGACAAAAGAGGAGAGCUCUCUGGCUCAAAGAAGGUGAUCGAAAUACUAAAUAUUUCCAUGCUAAAACUAAACAGAGGCGGGCCAGAAACAGGAUUACAAAACUCAAAAACUCGAUGGGAGCAUGGGUGGAAACAGAAGAGGAAAUAGAGCAAGUGGCAGUGGAAUAUUUUGAAAAUAUAUUUGCUACCUCGAACCCUUCUGAUUUUGAGACUAGCAUCCGGUUUAUUACCGAGAGAGUGACAAAUGAAAUAAACGUAAUGCUGACUGCCCCUCCAUCAGAUGCUGAGAUAAAAGACGCUGUCUUCGCGAUCAACCCAGAUAAGGUCCCGGGACCUGAUGGGAUGACAAGCCUAUUUAAUCAACGGUUUUGGAAUCAUAUUGGGAAGGAUAUUAUGUGUAUAGUCCGAGAAUUUUUCGAGACAGGAGAGUUUGAUGAAAGAAUGAAUCAGACAAACAUCUGUUUGAUUCCCAAGAAUGAGAGACCAGCUAAUAUGGCAGAGUUCAGGCCCAUAAGCCUUUGCAAUGUUAGCUAUAAAAUCAUCUCGAAGAUUUUGUCGGCUCGCCUAAAGAAGAUUCUGCCUGAGCUAAUAUCUGAAACACAAUCAGCCUUUGUGGCUCGACGACUCAUCACUGAUAAUAUUUUGGUGGCCAAAGAGAUGUUCCACGCUCUACGAACGAACCAUAGUUGUAACUCAAAAUAUGUAGCUAUCAAGACGGACAUGAGCAAAGCAUACGAUAGUGUGGAAUGGGGUUUUCUCAAAGCUCUGAUGGAAAAGAUAGGAUUUGAUCAGAGAUGGAUCCAUUGGAUCAUGAGCUGUAUAUCUUCGGAGGCAGAGAGAUCAAAGAAGAUUACUGGAAUGAAGAUCGUUCGAUCUUGCCCGGCUGUUUCUCAUCUUCUUUUUGCUGACGACAGUCUCUUCUUUUGCAAAGCGGAGUCCAGUCAGUGUCAAGAGUUGAUGAGAAUAAUUGACGUCUAUGGAUACGCCUCAGGACAACAACUGAAUAAAGAAAAAUCUUCAGUUAUGUUCGGUUCCAAGGUCAUAGCGUCCUCAAAACAAGACCUGAAAAGUGCCAAGGCUAAUAACAGAGGACUACAUUGGGUAGCUUGGGAUAAAAUAUGUGUACCACAAGAGAGAAGAGAUCUGGGAUUCAGAGAUUCCAGGGACUUCAAUCUCGCUCUGCUCGUAAAACAAGUAUGGAGGUUGCUUAUCUACCCGGACUCGCUACUGGCAAGGGUUUUGAAAGGACGAUACUAUCGUCAUUCAAAUCCUCUGCUAGUGGGGAAAGCUAACAAUCCAUCAUAUGGGUGGAGCAGCUUAUGGACUGCGAGAUCAGUGUUGGGCGAAGGCCUGCAACGUACGAUUGGGACGGGAGCAGAUACAAACGUUUGGGAGGAUUGCUGGAUCCCAGAAGAACUAGCACGACUGGCCCUUCUGGUGGGAGAUGAAAUAGACCGAGAUCUGAGAGUGCAUCACCUGAUCAUUCACGAGACAAAAUGUUGGAAUGAGCCACUUAUCAGAGAACUCAUCGUGCCGGAAGAUGUGGGAAAAAUCCUGGCGAUUAGACCAAGUCGUAUAGGGAGAAGAGAUGGCUAUCUCUGGAAGCAUACGAAGUCAGGAGCUUACACGGUGAGGUCAGGGUAUGAAGUGGUGAAUGCAAAACAGAAAGAAGAUCUACUAACAGAGGUACAAGAGCCGAGUAUAACGAAGCUAAAGAGUGAAGUUUAG